CUGGGACAGUGAAGGUUUAUAAGCGGGUAAAAUGGAGCUGGAGUCAUCAUACGGCUCAGGAUGGCGUGGGCCAGUCUCCAGAUGCUCUUCCUCGGCUCUCUGCUCAUCCACUCCGCCCUACCUGUGGCCCUCCGACACUCCAGCUGUCUCACCAAGGAGGCCUUUAAGGACCUCUCGGACAAAAAAGAGAAACUCUACGCAGGCCAGCCGAGUGUCCCCACGGAGCCCUGGCCGCGGGUGACGUGCAAAGAAGCCGCAGGACAGAUGCACGGACAGAGGAACAACCGCGCCCUGUCGCCCUGGACGUACAGGCCAAACCAGGAUCUGUCCAGGAUCCCAUCAGUGAUUCCCUUCGCGUACUGCCUGUGUGACGGCUGCAUCAUUCAUGGGGAGGAGGACCAUAACUACAACUCUGUGAUGGUGAACGCCUCGCUGCUCGUCCAUAGGAAGACCCGCUGUGGCAACGGCAAAUUCCGGCUGACCAAAGAGUUGAUCCCUGUCCCGGUGGCAUGCACAUGUGUGGUACCCAACUACAGCAACCACAGAAAAUGA